AUGCAGAGUCUGUCGGUCUGAAGGAACACCUGAGAAACCACUUUAUCAUCCAUGUGUGUGUACUGGCAGUAUUAAAUUUAUUCAUCAGGAAUGCUUAGUUCAAUGGCUUAAACACAGCAGAAAAGAAUACUGUGAACUAUGUAAGCACAGAUUUGCUUUCACACCAAUUUAUUCCCCAGAUAUGCCUUCACGGCUUCCAAUCCAAGACAUCUUUGCUGGACUGGUUACAAGUAUUGGCACAGCAAUACGAUACUGGUUUCACUAUACACUUGUGGCCUUUGCAUGGUUGGGAGUAGUACCUCUUACUGCAUGUCGUAUCUACAAGUGCUUGUUUACUGGCUCUGUGAGCUCACUACUGACACUGCCAUUAGAUAUUCUAUCAACGGAGAACUUACUGGCUGACUGUUUGCAGGGCUGUUUUGUGGUAACAUGCACUCUGUGUGCAUUCAUCAGCCUUGUUUGGUUGCGUGAACAGAUCGUCCAUGGAGGAGCACCACAGUGGUUGGAACAAAAUCAGCAACAGCCACUCAAUGGUGUUGGUCAACAAAAUGAGGCUCAGGCUGUUGUAAAUGGAGGCAUUGAAAACGCUGUGCUUGAUCAACCUGCUAAUCCAGCUGCUGAGAAUGCAGUUGUAGGUGAGAACCCUGAAAUUCAAGAAGAGCAAGUAGAUGAAGAGGAGGAGGAUAAUGAAGAUGAAGAAGAUGCUGUAGUAGAAGAUGCAGCAGAUGCAAACAAUGGAGCACAAGAUGACAUGAACUGGAAUGCUUUGGAAUGGGAUCGAGCAGCAGAAGAGCUUACUUGGGAGCGAAUGCUUGGACUUGAUGGAUCUCUAGUUUUUUUAGAACAUGUUUUUUGGGUGGUAUCUUUAAAUACAUUGUUCAUACUUGUGUUUG